AAUUCUCAGCUUUUGCAUCGUCUUCCCCUUCGGCAGGUUCUUCUUUGCUGCACUCUUCUUCCUAGACUCAAUGUUCGUUCUUUUUUCAACAUUUUUCUGUUCGAUUUCCUGCUUUCUGCCAUGAUUUCGAGUUGUUUGAGCCUUGAUUCAGCGCAUCGGUUUCGAUUUCCUCUUUGAAAAUCGUACAAGGAAAUCUGAGGAGCAUCGAUUUCCUUUCUGCCAUGACUUCGGCGUGUUUAACCCUUGAGUUGUUUAAGCGGCAUCCCUUUCUACUUUCCGUUGGACUUCCCUCCUCUCUCAUUGUUCAUUGUUAUCUCUCUUUCCUGACAUUAAUAUCUGUGUUUCAGUCAACUCCGUUUAGGUUCUGACGCGGAAUACAAACAAAUGACUUUACUCACUUCUUCUUUUUGACCCAUAAGAAAGCUUUAAGACGCAUAAUUUCGAUCGUCGAUUUCUUUAGCAUUGAGCCCUGUAUUUCUAUAUCUUGUUUCCUUUUAACCUCGGUCGUCAGCUGAUAUUUGGGAUUUCGGGGAUUCUAUGUGCGCUGGAGCUUCAAUCAGAGGAAGCACUCGUCGUUUUUUCUGCUCACUCAAGAGGUUCCUUUACGCUCUCACUCGCUCUCUAUUGAACAGGUAGCUUAUAUGGGCUUCGCAGUCUAGAUGAAAAUGUCCCAACUGUCACGUCAUCGCCUUGGGCACUCUUAUGCUUCCAAUCUUCUAUGCGUGACAUGUGUUUGCAUCCAAGAAACUACAGUUUGGCAAGGCAUCUUUUAAGAUUGGCAUCAUUACCUUCUUCCUCGGGUUUCCUUUUCAUUCAGAGAUCAAGCAUGUCAACCCAGGGUAUUUUUAGGAACUGGCUGCUAGCUAGAUACAUCAGCAAUGCCUCAUUUGAGCUGAACACGGACAAUGAUGUUGUAAGGUUCUCUCUAGGCAUGACGUCUGAUAAUAGUAAUUCCACAAUAAAGGGCAAGAAGAAGAAAAAGGUUAAAAUGUCUAGAAAGGCAAAAUUGAAGGAGCUCAGAUUCUAUCGCUUGAAGGCCAAAAAGAAGAUGAAUUCCCCAAAUCCAGAAGUGAGGAUAAGAUAUAAGCUUGAGAAGGCCAAGCGAAAGGAAGCCUGGUUGAUUGCGAAGCUGCGGAAAUUUGAGGUACCAAAAACCCCAGCAGAAACAUAUGAUCCAGAGAUUUUAACAGAGGAAGAGAUACAUUAUCUGAAGCGUACUGGUGAGAAAAAGAAAAACUAUGUUCCAAUUGGGAGGCGAGGAGUGUUUGGUGGGGUAGUUCUAAACAUGCAUCUUCAUUGGAAGAGGCAUGAGACGGUUAAGGUUGUCUGCAAGCCUUGCAAGCCAGGACAGGUUCACGAAUAUGCUGAAGAGCUUGCUCGGCUGAGCAAAGGCAUUGUGAUUGACAUCAAGCCCAACAAUACUAUAAUUUUCUACCGUGGAAAGAACUAUGUACAACCCAAAGUAAUGUCACCUCCAGAUACACUGUCAAAAGAGAAGGCCUUGGAGAAAUAUAGAUAUGAGCAGUCCCUUGAGCAUACAAGCCAGUUUAUUGAGAAGCUGGAGGAAGAGCUAGAAGAGUACCAUCAGCACCUUGAACGAUUUAGAAAAGGGAGAGGAACCUGAUGAAUAAAGAUGCUGUGUGAAGAACAGCAGUAAAGAAGAAAAUGAUGACAAGUGGAAACUGCCUAAACUAAGUGUUGAAACUACAUUUUGUUCUACUGAUUCUUUUGGUGGGCCAUAUCAUUGAAAAUUGUUUUUUUUUUUCCUUUGGGGAUUGGGGCAGGGUAACACUGCUUUUCCAGACCUAAAGAUCACAUACAUGAGAUAUGGACGAGAUGUUUUUGUUCCCUUGAAGGAAUGUAAUUAUGUAAGUCCAGCAUUUUUAUUCUUUCAAGUGAUUCUUUGCCAGUAUCAUAGUUUACUUUAGAUCAGCACUUAUGGUUACCAAGCUGCACAUAUAUUUGGUUUGAACACUUGAGAUACUAGGUGAGAAAAGAGUUAUUUGGUAUGACCCAUUUGCAAGGCAUGGGACUUGAAUCUUGCAUUGGAAGUAUGAGACUGUAAUGCUAAGACUUGUUUGAAUCUCUGGCUCUCCAAAGAUUCAUAUCAUAAUUUCUUCCUUGUA